UUCUUUUACAGUCCAGGCGGUGCCGCUGUGGUUCUCCAACCCGAAUAAAGCGGAGAAGAAGAUGAUCCGGAGCUCCACGCCUCCGCGGGUCUGCGGUGUUGUGGGAGACGGAGGAGCAGAGCUGCUGUGGAGGAGGAGGAGCUCUGAUUAUGAAAUGUCCAUUUAAUGUUCUGCAGAGAUCACUGCAGAGCGGUUAGAGGUGUUCUGAUUUCAGGUGUAAAGCAGAAAAUAAUGAUGUCCUGUUGCGAGUCACCUCCUACUCCUAGUGUCAACCUUCCUACACAGCUCAAAUCUACUUCUGCAAACAUGUCAGGAGAUGCCUCUGAAGAGGAAUACGGCCCGCUGCUGACAUCAGAGGAGAUUAAAUGUGAAAGCAUUGAGUCCGGAAUAAGCUCCAGCACUCCGCAAGAGUCCUCCGUUACCGUCUGUGCCGAGACAUCUCUGAGACAAACGCAGAGCAGUGCAGGCAAGAAGAGAACUCACCACUGCUCAGAUUGCGGGAAGAGUUUUAUUCAGCUGUGCCAUCUCCAGGUUCACCAACGCAUUCACACCGGAGAGAAGCCGUAUCCCUGCUCGGAAUGUGGAAUGAGAUUUAAUCUGCAGAGUAAUCUCUCAAAACACAGGCGCAUUCACACCGGAGAGAAACCGUACACCUGCUCAGAGUGCGGGAAAAGUUUCCGAGAAAGAGGUACCCUCAAAAAACACGAGCGCGUUCAUACGGGAGAGAAGCCAUACUGCUGCUCGGUGUGCGGGAAGAGCUUCAAUCAACAAAGUAGUUUCCAAAUCCACCAACGAAUUCACACCGGAGAGAAGCCGUACGACUGCUCGGUGUGUGGAAGGAGUUUUAGGGACCGAGGAACCCUCAAAAAACAUGAGUACGUCCACACGGCAGAGAAGCCGUAUCACUGUUCAGACUGCGGAAGGAAUUUUAGUCAGCAGGGCACCCUCCAAAAACACCAGCGCAUUCACACUGGAGAGACGCCGUAUCACUGCUCGUACUGCGGGAUGCGUUUCAAGCAGUACAGUAGUCUCCACCUGCACCUGUACAGUCACAUAGAGGAGAAGCCGUACUGCUGUUCAGAAUGCGGGAAGGGUUUUACUCUACAGACGACUCUACAAAGACACCAGAGAAUCCACACAGGAGAGAAGCCGUACUAUUGCUCCGAGUGUGGGCGGAGCUUCAGGCAUUCCAACACUUUAAAGAAACAUAAGUGCGUUAAGGUUGAUGUGAGAACUCCGGACAUUCAUGACGUUCAUGAUUCGUGAGAAGUGUAGCUAAUGUUGGAAUCAUCUAGUGCCUAGUGACGGUUAGUUACUACAGUCUCCAUUGAUGGUAAAAGGUCACUGGUUUGAAAAAAUAUAGUUUAAUAUAUUGAUGUAUUUUGCGUAAACCAUAACAAGACACUAGUAGUCCCUCGUGUGAACAUAACUGCGCUUUUAAGAUGUUUGGUGAUUUUUAUAUUCUGCAUUAAUACCACAUUUAUUACUUUGCAUUGAUAAGAUCUUUCUAGAAACGUGGCUGCGCUGGUUGAACGCGGUCAGUGCUGCGGGUGCUACAUUUUACAACGUCCUUAGACCACAGCAUCAGGUUUCAGACAUCAGACAGACAGCUUCAGAAAUAAGUUCAGAGAAUCAAGCAUCAGGAUAAGUGCCCAGAAACUCUCCUGCGCCUGCUUUGGUGUAAGGGACUGUUGUUGCAAAGGAAAAACAUCCCUUCCCAACCUGGUUUAACCAGUUAUCAUGGUUAUUUUCCACAUAGUUAACAGAUUAAGAAAACUCUGUUACCGGCACAAGCCUAGAGUCAUCUGUCAAGCAACUAGCAGCACCUGUGGUGGUCUCUGUCCAUUGAUGAAUGGAUUGGAGGGUGGUUGGUAAAAUGGUCAAAGUCAAAUUUGUCAGCUUUGUGUUGAAUAGGGAAAUAUAGUGAAUCUGGGGCAUGGUGCUACAUGUAACUCUACUACUGUACAAACACUAAACAACAAAAAUGAUAUCUAGGACAGUGGACUGCAAGGUUGUUUAAGGAAAACCUUUGUUAGUCCACAACAGCAAUGUAUGUUUGUAAAUGUUUUAUUGUCAGUGCACACUACUAAUAGUAAUACAACCCCAUUUCCAAAAAAGUUGGGACGCUGUGCAGAA